CAUACAGAUGAAAUUCGUCCUUUUUACUUUGUUCCUUUGUGGAUCCAUCCUGGAAAUCAAUGCAGAACGUGGUUUACAAAAACCAAUAGAGCCUAGGUCAUCCCCAACAAUAAGAUCCGUUGUGGCAUGUGAGGAAUCAAUGGCUGGAUUAGUGUGUGAAAAUGAGCCUAUCACUGUGAUCAGUGCUACAUAUGGACGUAGCGAUCAGACGACGUGCUCCAAUGGGAUACCUGACGACCAGACAAAGAAUACUGAUUGUGCUAUGAAGACAAAUUUAGUGGUUCAGAGGUGUGAGGGACAAUUUCUGUGCCCUGUCUUUGUCAGUAGCUCUGUGUUUGGAGAUCCCUGUGUCGGGACCUACAAGUACCUGGAGGUGAAAUACAUUUGUGAAUGUGAAAAAUCCGUCUGA